GGAAAUUUAACAAAUUGAUUAAUUGGGUACACUUGAUCAAAUUAUUUAAGAGUUGUAAGAAAAUAUCAGGUCAUUAUUUUGUCAUCUUAUGUUUAGUGCAGUUCUCAGUAUGCUAAUAACACAAAUAUAAACUCAACAGAUGAUAGUGCAAAAUGUCAGCCCAGAGUUGGCCUUAAUAUGGCUUUUAUUCAAACAAGACUAAAAAUGGAGAGUAUAUAGCCUGAAACGUCAAAAACAGAGCAGUAAAAUAUCUGGGAACAAGCUUGUACUAAUUACUCAAAUCUUACUCUAUGGUGAUCAAGUCUAGGUGGCUGCCACCAAAACAAAUAUCAAAAGGAUUCAAAUCUUUCAAAAUAAAAUACAUCGAAUCGUGCAGAAUGCUUUGUAAAAAGAACACCACAAACUUAGUAUUGUGAAAGGUCUACAACCUGGGAGAGAAAAUUGAGAUACUGAAACCUUGGGACAACAUCCAGUAUAAGCAGCGUGAUACAUAUAAAAUAUCUGUGAUAACUAAAAUUAUACAACUAAAGCAAUACUGUAUGUUAUUUACUUGUUAUUAUUAAGAUCUAAAAAAUUAUAGUAAUAACUGAAAGUAAGACUGAGGCUGAUGUGGCUGGAUGACACGGAGGAUUUUAGGAAGUUGGAAGUAAGAGGAUGGACAAGAAAAACAGAGGCAAGAAGAGAGCUUUUGAUUCUUGAGUUGACUGAGGCCGAACUAGGGCUGUACUGCCAAGUAAAUAGAUUAGAUUAGUAAAGGAGUCGACCUGUUUACAACCUUUACACCACGACCAGUAUUGAUCUGUUGUGUAUUUCCAUUGCUGUCUAGGGCUCAUCGUUAAGCUUAAAGCUUUUUACUAGAUCCCCAAAGAUUUGUCAACGACUCCAUUGGUUAUCCUUCAAGCCCAGGAGUAGAAAACUCAGCUUACAUAAAUUUUCGCAUUAACAGAGAACAUGUUCUGCUGUCUUUUCUUCUUCCUGGUAAUAUCUGUGCUGCUCAGAAUUUAUACACAUGCCUCUUCAUUGCCCCUCGCCCAAGAAGUUUUCAGCCUUAAACAGCAAAUAAAGCAUCAUCUUCAAGCAGAAGUUUGUGUUAUUGAGAGGUUAUCAAUUUGAACAGGGGAUACAAAAAUAAAGCAGCUCAUCGGAGCUUGAUAAUCAGAUCGAAGAUGACUCUAACUGUAAGAUUUUCAAACAAGUUGGCAAUGAAAAACAGUCCUUUCCUGCUAGGUUUUAGGAUGAGAAGGAAAUUAAUGUGGCUUUCACGCUAAAACUAGGUCCCUUCUGUAAUUUACAUCACUGGGUACAAUUUGAAAAGAAGGCAUAAGAGGAAAUGGUGAAAAACCGACAGGUUGUUUGACCUGAAACGAUAGGCUUAAGACACCUGAAAAAGAUUGGUGCCAUUUUCAUGUUCUUCAAAGAAGCAUAAGAGACCCUGGUUGAUUUAAGACUCGGCACUUUUAAAAAGAAAGAUGAACACAACCUUUAAAUACUAUUUUUUCAAGCUGUUUGUAAAGAUUAGAAAGUGCACGCAUUAUGGUAAACAUGACUGGAAGAUUUGGUGGUAGAAGAAAAGCCAAAUAAAUUUAAAUAAUUUAGAUUAAGUUGUCAAAGCAUGGUUUUUUGAAACAUUAGGUUUAGUUAGUGAUUAAUCAAUAUCAUAAUAAAACAUAUGAUGUUCCCAUAGCGACUGUACAUUGUAACAGUUUUAUUAUGUGCUGAGUUUUGUUUUGGAUUUUUUAUCGGUUUCUUUUUUUUCUGACAAUCAUGUCUUCCAAAGAUGCAAGAGUCUCCCCUGGUGGUUUGUUCCACUCAAGACGUACAGAAUAUUCUCCAGAGACACAAGCGUUUCUCAAAGAUCUAAUUCGAGAAAGCAAGCUGUCCAUGUUCCAAAGGAGAAAGCUCCAAGAGUCUGUGAAUAAAGGAGAACCGCUUCCGCUCCCUCCGAAUAAACCGGUUCGAAGUGUGAGGACGGAAGUCGAGGAGAACAUAAAGUACUUUGCCUGCCCCAGGAGGCGCAAGAAAGAUAUGAUCAGCGAAUCGGGCGCUUACGAAAGGGAACAGUUCAUACCCAAUUAUUCCACAAGAAAUCAUGACUUAGAGAAAAAGAGACUUCAGGAUUUCAUGGCAUUUGGCAAAAUAAUCACUGAAGACAAAAGCAAGGUUUUGGCCAAGCUCAAAGCAAAACAACACAACAAAGAUGAAAUUGACAUUAUGAUAGAAAAAGACCAGCGUUACACUGAGACUCUCAAGGAGAUCAAAGAACGUCUCGAUUUUCUCAAAUUUAUGGACGAGAAAGGGGAAAAGGCUGAAUACGAUCAUGUCAUAAAGCAAGAGAUUGCUGCAAAAAUGAGACAGCUGGAAGACAUGGAUGAAGGAUUUAGGAUCGAACAAAGGAAAGAAUACAAAGAGAUAAGAGAUCGAGCUGCGUUAAAGUUGUAUGGGAAUCUGUCAUAAUAAUAAAACAAUUAGUUGAAUAUUUAA